AUCACAAGUCAACCUCCAGUCGCUCGCACCUCUGAAUCACAUCUCAACCUCCAGUCACGCAUCUCGGAGACGUGGGACGACUAGUUUUCUUUUUUCUUUUUUUUUUGAGGGGUUUUGCUUGUGGCGCUCAGAGAUUUCUAGACUGAAGCUGCAGGAGCAGGAAGGUUUCUAGUUGCGUUCCGACGCUCAGCACUGUCGCCUCACCUGCACGGCCGGCGAAGAGGUCCGCGGUGGUAAUAAUGCAUCCAGAUAAGUACUUACCUGAACUGGUGGCCGAGAAAAAGAGCUUGGACCCCUCCCUUGUGCAUGCGGUGCGUCUACUUGCAGAAGAGAUUGAAAAGAAUGAAGGAGAUGAAUUGAGAAAAGAUGGUGACACGAAGAAAUACCUAGAUAUCAUCAGCAAUAAAAAUAUCAAGCUGUCUGAAAGAGUUCUCAUUCCAAUCCAACAGUACCCAAAGUUUAAUUUUGUCGGGAAGCUGCUGGGACCACGGGGAAAUUCCAUGAAACGAUUGCAAGAGGAGACCGGAGUAAAGAUGUCCAUCCUCGGCAAAGGGUCCAUGAGGGAUAAAGGCAAGGAAGAAGAAUUAAGGAAAAGCGGGGAGGCCAAAUACGUCCAUCUGAGUAAUGAUCUUCAUGUUUUAAUUGAAGUCUUUGCUCCACCUGGAGAGGCCUAUUCACGCAUGAGUCACGCCUUGGAGGAGAUCAAAAAAUUCCUAGUUCCAGACUACAAUGACGAGAUCAGACAGGAGCAACUGAGAGAGCUCUCCUUGCUCAAUGGCUCCGACGAGUCGGGCAGAGGGAGGAGCGCACAGGGGAGGAGCGUACGACCAGCAACCGCAGCAUCCACGGGGGGCCACAGAGGCACAGGAAGGAGUGCAGCCGGCCCUCGGGGGACGGCGGCAGCGACGCACAGCAAACUUCCCGCGGCUGUUUCAACGAGGGAGGUGCAAGCCCCGAGGGCCAGGGGGGCAGCGGGGAGCGCAGGAUACAGGCCCCCGCUGUUAGCCGUCACACAUGAAUCAUACGACGAAUAUGGCUACGAUGAUGGGUAUGGUGGGGAAUAUGAUGACGAGAGUUACGAAACCUAUGAGGAUAACUACAGCAAUCCGUCAAAGAGCAUUUCAGAAUAUUAUGAAUAUCGACAUGGAACCAGUGAUGAAUCCUACAACUAUGAGGAGGAGUGGGCGACUGCCCGUCCCAGCCUCAAAGCCCCAGUUUUACGGCUGACAAGAGGGGGCUACAGAAAGCAUCCCUAUGUUAAAGAAACACACUUGUGUGUGAUUUUGGGCAAAGCAGAGGCGAAUGUAACAGAGCAGAAGGCAGGUGAAUCUGCUCCCAGAGGACCGAAGAUUGCACUCAGCCAUCAGACAUGCCAUCAGUCAGGAGAGUAGCUCGGUACGUAUUCCAAGCCGUUCUCCAUAAAGUACCUAACGAUAAAUGAUUAUUCCUUGGUCCUGAGUUAAAAACGAUUGGUUGUUGAGGUUACAUGAAGAAUUGCUGUGUCGACUUUACGCAAAAAGAUGCAAAAAAAAAAACAUUUUUGUUCUGAAACUGACAAGAAUAAAAAUGAUGAUGAUCAAAUAAUUGAAUAAUGAAUAGUUGACUAUUCUCCGUCCUUCCUUAAAAACCAACUCUUGUGCUUAUUUGCGCCUUUGAGUUUGAAGUUAACAGUGUUGCAUGGACACUCUUUGUAUGCCAGUGAUGCAGCCUUUGCCAGAAGCGCUGUCAGAUCCAUUUUCAUAACAAGACCGCCGCCAGCUCGACACCAGCCAAGAGCCGAAAUCCCAAAGCCUGCUACGGAUGUUGGUGCUUUUCUUGAAGUGAAUGCCACUGAUAGAACUCUCACAUUCAGAUUACAAAAAGGAUAAACAAAAAAAAAGAUCCGUUACUCAUUGUACAUUUUCUUGUUUUGCACAAAGAAUGGAGACUACGGUGCUUAAAGACUUUACAGCUGUUUUCACAUCUCUUUGCCAUUAGUCCACACAUGGAUCCACGGUGAUUCUUGUCCAUUAGUCUGCAGCCUCGGGCGCAAUAAAAAGAACUGGCAGCUGUUUCUUUUUCGUUGGUUUGCCAAGUUUAUCACAUUUGCUUACAUUGUUUAUGCAGCCACAGCACUCAUUAUAGGAUUCAUAUUCGUCUAUUUAGUAAAUACUGAUGCUUAUGCAUCUGGUCCUGGGCUAGAAAUAAAGAUAAGUUAUGUUUGUAUCAAACUUUUAUGUGUUGCACUCAGAGAUGAGAGGAAAGGUGAUGGAGCAUGAAACAUGAUGGUGAAGACAAAUGACUCACAGGUAAGGAGGCGAUUGUGUGUAUCAGCUGUUACUGUCUUCUAUUAGAAUGACAUGCAAUUAAUCUUGGUCUGCUUAUUUGAUUUGCUCUGUAUUUGAAAUGAAAGCAGCCUGAAUCUUUUCUGUUUCGCACAGGUUGAACCUAAACAUAGUUCUGCAAUGUGAAAAACAAUCUUUACCCCAUGGAUCUUUUGAUAUAACACAUGGCAAUUGUGCCAUUGGCCCUCAAAAAACUGGGUUUGACAGGUCGGUUCAAGUUGGAUUGUUUAAUCCAAUUAUAGAUACUAUUUCCUUGACCUCAAUUGAGUCUCAAUUUUGCAUUCGCUCCACUUUCCGCCUGAUAAAUAAGCUGAAUGAAAUAUAAUUAUGUUUUUUUUAUGUUGGAAUGUCCAGGGCCUGACAUCCGCUGCUUUUGGCCUUUGAAGCGAGACCCAAUACUUAACAAAAGAGUUAGGAGAUGCAGCUGUGGCGUAGAGGAGACAUUUCCACUGGUUGUCCCUUUGUCUACAGAGAGAUAUUGUUCCCAUUCACCAAACUGAAAAAUGUAACCCAGGGCAGGGAUUCAGAAGGAAUGCUUAUUUAAAGGGAAACCGUGUACACUCAAUUUUUAUUUGGCACAAAAUAAGGAGAGAGGGUGUUGCCACAGAUAGAGAUGCAUGUGUACAGCAUAUUUCACCCCCCCAUCAAAAUCCCAUUAUUAUAAUGAAAAUAGUUUCUCCAGUCUAGAAGAUGAGAUCAAUCACUACCAGGCCCAGGAAAGCGUACUCAUCUGCAGGGACCAGAACAGCUAUAGAAGCAGAUUCUAUAACCACAGGGAGACAAACGUACACCUGCCCAAAUCAGCAUUGCCCUCCCUCACAUCCCCACAUGGAGAACUUUGUCCAACACUGGGCCUGUACAUCGUUAGCGGUCAUCUUCGAGAGGACUCCCUUGGUCAUUGCACGCACCUCUCUUCUUGGCAAUAGCACAGUAGAUUAUAGCAUUACUGACCUAGUAGACCUGGUAGAGAGCAUUCACAGUCAGCCCCCUAACAACCGUAUCUGAUCAUAGUGAAAUUACAAUCUCCAUUAGAAAGACAGUAACAGACCCUUAUGUACCAGAACCCAGUUAACAACCUUAUUGAUGGACAAACAGUAGCAAUCUCAAUUAGACCAUUUUCUUACCACCUCAUACACCACCACAGUACUGAUGGCCUGAAUCAGGCUGUACGGGAUAUAAACAACAUAUUUGAGAAUGUGGCAGAUUUAUCCAAUCCGAAAAAGUCUCCAAUGAAAAGUGGUUUGAUACAGAUGUCUGAGAAAACCACUCAGACCACAGACAACCUGACGAUCAGGAGCGUCGUUCAUUUGGAGACGCUAAAAUUAUAGAGAAGAAAAGGGAGCAAAAUGGGAUAAAAAUGGCACUUUCUGUAAAUCACACAAGGUCCUGAUUGUAUAUUAAAUGAAAUGUUGGAAUUUAGCAGUCGUAAUUCAACUAAGUCAUUCUAAAAUUAUGAAACCUUGUUCUGAGCAUUGGACAUCUCCCUGACAUCUGGGGCAAAGAAAUUAUCACACCAAUCUUUAAAAAUGGAAAUAAAUUUGACCUAAACAAUUACCGAUGCAUGUGUGUCAGCAGCGGCCUGGGGACAUUAUUCUGCAGCAAACAGCCGACUGCAAAGACCUCCUCAGUGAACAUCAUGUCCUGAGCAACAUUCAGAUUGGAUUUACACCACAGCACCAAACUACAUGUCCACCAAAACAAGAACAACAUUUUCUCUUGUUUUGGAGAUUUCAAAUAGGCCACAAACCACUAGAUGCCACUAAAAGUUGCACACUGUCCCUGUACUUAUCUGGAAAAAGAAAACGACACCACAAAAACUCAAAAUCAAAUUUCAAUGAUAUUUGGCUCUAAACAAACAAUAUGCAGUGGCAAACUAUCUGACCGCCACGUGUGAUCCAAAACUGAGAAAGACAUUGACUAUGUACAGACUCAGUGAUCACAGCCUGGCCAUAGAGACUGGCCGACACAGGCAGACCAGACGGGCUCUGUCAGCUAAUCUCCUAGAUUUGAAUGCACUCUCUGACGAGACUAAAAUGCAACUUCUACUUGGAGAAAAUAGUGUCAGAGCCAUAGGAGCAGUACAACGUAUCAAUAUGUAUACCACAACAACACAUAACAGCUGUUGUUCCUCUCAUCCUACUCUGCUGAAAUUUGACAUGUAAUACUUAAAAUGUUGUUUAAAAGUAAUGUUGUUAAUUGUUUAUUUAUGACCUUAAACACAGUAGGCCUAUGAUAUAUAUACACACACACACAAGUACACACCUCCAUCAUGUGACGUGGACACCAUUCCCCCCUCAAUCCAUUAUUUCCAUUUGAGAGCAGCUUGAGAGACUUCUUUUCUCCGACAGGCCGGCAGUGACGGGACACUCAGAGGGGAUGGAUGGACUUCCUGUGAAGAUUACAGGUGGCAAUGUGUCUUGGGGCCAGCCUUGCCCUCUCAGGCACCUUCUAUACGAUCUCUAGGAAGAGCCGGGCGACACUAGACAAACUUGAUGAUGCUCCACACUUCACCGAUCGAUGGAAAACUCAAAGACAUCUUUAAAAGUUACUCCAGGAGCGUGUCUACAGUAUGCCGUCAUCAAAGGUGCUGUGCAACCAGUAGGUGGGCUUCUGACAAGUCAUUUCCAAAAAUAAUUUGUCAGGGUGUUGCAGAAAUUCACGUUGAGAGAACACACACACACACAGAGUGAGUGCAGUGCCCUUUUGUUUUGGCGGGAUCAAAUGAGUCCUGUGU